AUGAAUCGCACGCUGGAGGCUGUAGCAAUGCUGGAAAGAUGUCUGCGGCUAGACACGUCCUACAGUCCCGCCUACCUGGUACUCGCCAAACUUCACCCUCCACCAAUAGCAGCGCGGCUGUUACAUCACGUGACUAGACUGCUGCCCAACGCUAUAGAGUACCAGACCUACUUUGCAGACUGGCUGCACGCUCGAGUCAUAUUUUCAGAAAUUAUUCUGGAAGCUCAAAAAUUUUAUUUGCGAGCUCUCAGACUGCAGAACAAUCACCUGACCUCUUUCCUGGGGGUUGCUCGUUGUCUGAGAGCCAGAGGUCAGGUCGCCAGACUACAUCAGUUCCUGAUCAGAUGGUACCUGAUGCACCAAGGUAGCCAAGGAAGGGGACGGCUUGUGUACGCUGCAGAGUUGUACGUUAGAACCUGGGACCUCUACAAACCCAGCCAGACCACCAGUUUUUAACUCAAAUCAGAAUGUU